AUGAGAAAGACCAGAAGAGGGGGCAAGAAACACAACCACCAUAUCAACGAAUCCUGGAUUGUUAAACCACUUCACGAUCAACCCCAACACCAACAAAAAGAAGAAUCUAAUCGUGAAUCAUCAUCUGUACCAUCAACUUCUUCACAACAACAGUAUGUCAAGAAAUCCGAGCACGGACCCUCAAAUUCUGACCCACCCUCUUCAAGUACUGAAGUGGGUUCUUCAAGUUUUGGUGAAAAAGUGAAUGAAAACAAGGAAAAGGAUGUUAAAACAAAGAAAGAGGAGAUUGAAGGGAAAAGAGAAGAGAGUGAACCAGAGAAUGGAAAUGGAGUUGAUGGUGUUGUAAGUAGAUUGGAAAAAAAAAUUUUGGGGGUGAAGGAGCCAGAAGUAUCCGAGGAGCAGCUGAGGAUCAACGAUCAGCUACAGGAGGAUGAGUUGCUUGCGAUGCAAUCGAUUUAUGGAGAGAAUACCUUCAUUCUUGACAGACAAAAAGACCUAAGAUCUUUUCAGAUUCAAAUUCACAUUGAAAUUCCCGCUGAACUUACUGUAACUGCAAAGCUUAAUUCAUCUGGAGAUCGUAGUGGGAAAAGUGAUGGUUCAGAGGAGUUUUCAUACUCAUUCAAAGUCCAGUAUCUUCCACCGAUAGUGUUGACCUGCUUUUUACCUAAAUCCUAUCCAAGCCACCUACCUCCUUAUUUUACCAUCUCGGUUCAGUGGUUGGAUUCUACUCGUAUUUCCAAUCUCUGCUCGAGGUUGGACUCGAUAUGGACACAGCAACCAGGGCUGGAGGUUAUAUAUCAAUGGGCUGAUUGGCUACAGAAUUCUACCCUUUCUUAUCUCGGGAUUGAUAAAGAGAUCAUGCUUGGUCCUUAUGGCACCAAACAUAUUGGAGACAAGCGUGCAAUUUCAGGAAGUGUCUCCCUGGAGGUUGAUGUUCCUUCACUGAGAAGUUACAAUGAUGAGCAAUGCCAUGAGAACUUCUGCAAAACCUUGCAUGAAUGCUGCAUCUGUUGUGAUGAGUAUACAGGCAGUGACUUCAUCAGGCUACCAUGCCAGCAUUUCUUCUGCUCGAAAUGCAUGAAGACAUAUUCUGACAUACAUGUUGCAGAAGGUACUGUGAAUAAGCUUCAAUGUCCAGAAGCAAAAUGUGGGGGUAUGGUCCCACCUGUUUUAUUGAAACGGUUACUCGGUGAUGAAGAAUAUGAACGAUGGGAGUCCUUGAUGUUGCAGAAAACACUGGACUCCAUGUCUGAUAUUGCUUAUUGCCCAAGAUGUGAAACGCCCUGCAUAGAAGAUGAAGAACAGCAUGCACAAUGCUCCAAGUGCUUCUAUAGCUUUUGCUCACUUUGCAGGGAGAGACGCCAUUUAGGCGAAGCUUGUAUGACACCCAAAAUGAAGCUUCAAAUCUUAGAGGAGCGUCAAAAUUCAUCUCACCUCAAAGAUGGACAAAAGCGCAAGGAGCAUGAGAUGAUCAAUGAACUUCUUAGUGUCAAGGAAAUACUUCGCGAUGCUAAGCAAUGCCCAUCUUGUAAGAUGGCAAUCUCAAGAACUGAAGGUUGUAACAAGAUGGUGUGUAAAAACUGUGGGCAGUUCUUCUGCUACCGUUGUAACAAAGAGAUUGAUGGAUACGACCAUUUUAAGGAUGGACAGUGUGAACUGUUCCCACAAGAAGAGAUACAACAAUGGGAGGAGAGGAUGAAUCCCCGCCGGGCUUUGGCUGAGGUUCAUGCUGAACUUUUUCCGGGUCUUGUGCAUACAUGUCCGAAUUGUGGUCAAUUCAAUGCGAAGGUUGGCAAUAAUAAUCACAUUCUUUGCUGGUCAUGCCAAAUGCACUAUUGCUACUUGUGCAGAAAGAUUGUGAGGCGCAGUUCUCAGCAUUUUGGACCAAAAGUUUGCAAGCAGCACACAGUGGGGUAG